AUGCUGGCGCUGGGGCAGAUGGACGGCGCGCCCCGGCAGGGCGCCUUCCUGCUGGGCAGCCCGCCGCUGGCCGCCCUGCACAGCAUGGCCGAGAUGAAGGCGCCGCUGUACCCCGCGUACCCCCUGCCCGCCGGGCCCGCCUCCUCCUCCUCCGCCUCUGCCUCGCCCGCCUCAGCCUCGCCCUCGCCGCCGCUCGGUUCCCCCAGCCUCAAGACGCCCGCUGCCUCCGCCGCCUCGGGCGGGCUCUCGGCGCUGGGCUCGGCCCCGCCGCAGCUCUCGGCCGCCACCCCGCACGGCAUCAACGACAUCCUCAGCCGGCCCUCCAUGCCGCUGCCGGGCGCUGCGCUCGCCUCCCCCUCGCCCUCCGCCUCCUCGGCGGCGCCCGCCGGGCUGCUGGCCGGGCUGCCCCGCUUCGGCAGCCUCAGCCCCCCGCCACCGCCGCCGCCCGCCCUCUACUUCAGCCCUGGAGCCGCUGCCGCCGCCGCCGCCGUGGCCGCCGGGCGAUAUCCGAAGCCGCUUGCCGAGCUGCCUGGCCGGACGCCCAUCUUUUGGCCGGGGGUGAUGCAGAGCCCGCCCUGGAGGGACGCCCGCCUCGCCUGCGCCCCCCAUCAAGGCUCAAUUUUGCUGGAUAAGGACGGAAAGAGAAAACAUACCAGACCCACUUUUUCUGGCCAGCAGAUUUUCGCCUUGGAAAAGACUUUCGAGCAGACGAAAUACCUGGCGGGCCCAGAACGAGCCCGACUGGCUUAUUCGCUGGGGAUGACGGAGAGCCAAGUCAAGGUCUGGUUCCAGAACCGACGGACCAAGUGGCGGAAAAAGCACGCGGCGGAGAUGGCUACGGCGAAGAAGAAGCAGGACUCGGAGACGGAGCGGCUGAAGGGCGCCUCCGAGAACGAGGAGGAGGACGACGACUACAAUAAGCCCCUGGACCCUAACUCGGACGACGAGAAGAUCACGCAGCUGCUGAAGAAACACAAGCCGGGGGGCGGCGGGCUGCUGCUGCACCCCCCCGAGGGGGAGGCCUCCGCCUAG